UAACCUUUUUGACGUACAUUACAUUGUUUCAAACUAGUUAAUUACCUUUUUGUGUACUAAAAGAAAUAUUAUUAGUUUUUUUACUGUAGUUAUAGCAAGUGAUUAAACAAUUGUAUAAUACAAUAGGUGAUGGCAGAGGCAACUGAGGAAAAGUUGGAUAUUGAUUGGGGCAAUGAGCGUCUUAAUCAAGCUCAAAGUACGGUGUUGGUCGACUCUUAUGAUAUAGAAUCAUGGACGAUGCUGGUACGUGAAGCUCAAGCAAGGCAAAUUGAAGAUGUUCGAAUUGUAUAUGAAAAACUUAUUCAAGUAUUUCCAACGACUGCACGCUAUUGGAAAAUUUAUAUAGAACAAGAGAUGAAAGGAAGAAACUUUGAACGUGUUGAAAAACUUUUUCAAAGAUGUUUGGUGAAGAUACUUAAUAUAGAUUUAUGGAAAUUAUAUUUGGCUUAUGUUAAAGAGACAAAGGCUGCUCUAAGUACUUACAAGGAGAAAAUGGCACAAGCAUAUGAUUUUGCUCUAGAAAAAAUAGGAAUGGAUAUUCACUCGUACUCUAUAUGGUGUGAUUACAUAUGCUUCCUAAAGUCGGUGGAGGCAGUUGGAUCUUAUGCUGAAAAUCAAAAAAUUUCUGCGGUUCGAAAGGUUUACCAAAAGGCUGUGGUAACUCCAAUUAUUGGUAUAGAGCAUUUAUGGAAAGACUAUAUAUCUUUUGAGAGAGGUAUAAAUUUAAUAAUAGCAGAGAAAAUGGGCAUGGAAAGAUCUAGAGAUUAUAUGAAUGCUAGAAGAGUUGCCAAAGAAUUAGAGUGUGUAAUUAGAGGACUUAACAAGAAUUUGCCAGCAGUACCGCCCACGCUCAAUAAUGAAGAAGUUAAACAGGUUGAACUUUGGAAAAAGUUUAUAGCUUGGGAACAGUCAAAUCCUUUAAGAUCUGAAGACACAGCAUUGGUAACAAGAAGGGUAAUGUUUGCAAUUGAGCAAUGCCUAUUGUGUUUGGCCCACCAUCCAGCUGUUUGGCAUCAAGCCGCUCAAUACUUAGAACAUAGUAGCAAAGUACUUACGGAAAAGGGGGAUAUUAAUGCAGCAAGGGCCUUCAGCGAUGAGGCAGCAUCAAUUUUAGAGCGUGCAAUUACUGGUGCGUUAUCUAGAAGUGCAUUGUUAUAUUUUGCAUAUGCAGAUUAUGAAGAAGGUAGACUGAAGCAUGACAAAGUUCAUCAAAUUUAUGGAAAAUACUUGGAAAUUCCAGACAUUGAUCCGACUUUGGCUUAUGUGCAAUAUAUGAAAUUUGCUCGAAGGGCUGAAGGUAUAAAGUCGGCCAGACAAGUAUUUAAAAAAGCCAGAGAAGAUCAGAGAUCUAAAUAUCAUGUAUUUGUAGCAGCCGCGUUGAUGGAAUACUAUUGUAGCAAGGAUAAAAAUAUUGCAUUUAGAAUAUUCGAAUUAGGUUUAAAAAAAUUUAGUGAUAGCCCAGAAUACGUAAUGUGUUAUAUAGACUAUUUAUCACAUUUAAAUGAGGAUAAUAAUACAAGAGUUCUAUUCGAAAGAGUUUUAUCAUCUGGCCAUUUGUCAGCUCAACAUUCUGUAGAAAUUUGGAACAGAUUUUUGGAGUUUGAAUCAAAUAUUGGUGAUCUAGCAAGUAUAGUAAAAACUGAGAAAAGAAGAAGCGCGGUAUUAGAGAAGCUGAAAGAAUUUGAAGGCAAAGACACCGCCCAACUUGUUGAUAGAUACAAAUUUCUCAAUCUUUACCCGUGUUCUGCAUCAGAAUUGAAAUCUAUAGGAUAUACAGAGAUACUAUCAGCUACCAGCAGUUUAGUUGGACAGAAGUCGGUAUCUGGUGUAUUAAAUUUUGACAGUGAUGACAAAUCAGCUAUUCCAAGACCAGAUUUUUCACAGAUGAUACCAUAUAAACCAAAGUUCAAUACAGUGCCCGGAGAUCAUCCUAUUCCAGGUGGAGUAUUUCCUAUGCCGCCAGGAUUAGCUCAACUUACUGCUGAACUGCCUCCACCAUCUUGCUUCCAUGGUCCAUUUGUUAGUAUAGAUUUAUUAUUGGAACAUUUGGAUCGGCUGGCUUUAGCAAACAGUGUUCAGAGGCCAACUCAUGAUUUGAAUAGCUCUGAGGCAAGGCAAUUUGACAUGGCAAAAUCAGUUCAUUGGAUAGUGGAUGAUACAAAUGGAAUGAUAAGGAAAAGAAGAAAAGUAGGCGGAGAAGACAGUGAUGACGACGACAUCAAUGGAGCACCACCAACGCACGACAUAUAUCGGCAAAGGCAACAGAAAAGAGUGAAGUGA